CCUUUAGCUUACCGCGCGAGCGACAUACGCAAAACGGCAAAGUCUCAGUCUCAGAAGCCCCGAUUGAUCCGUCUGUCUGUCGGUCUGUAGUUCGGGUGAGUGAAGUGAAUAGUGUCGGAUACCCGCUAACCAAACCAAGAGUCUCGCGAUUCGCGAUUCAGUUCGGGUUCAGCCAGUUGAACGGGAUCAGUUCAGUCUAGCAGCAGACGUUCCGCGAGUCGCGCAUGCGUUCUCCGUAUCUCCUGAAGAUAUCGCAAUAUAUCUGGUGUGCCGUAAAGAGGCAGUCCAAGUGUCGAAAACUCAACUAGCAUUUCGGAGAUUAUCCGUCACAGGCGGACGCGAGUUUAUCAAAGUGGUUCUAUAGACUUUAGAGGAAUCUGUGUGAAGUCGUGACGACGUCCGGGAGAAGGCAGUUGUUACGUGUGGUGGAAAAGUGUCACCACUUCGCGGUGUGUUGCCACAAACACUUCUAGCCAGAGACGUCGUAGUCUCGAACUCGAGAGCCGUCACAGAUAAAAACAGAAAAAUACGCGACACACCGAGUCGCAGGAGAGACUUUGCAGCUUUUAUGUAACAUGUUAUCGCAAAAUAGACGAAAUCGCGGCACAGCGGCGGUGACAGGAGUUUUGGUCCGAGAGGAAGCGAGCGACUAGGAUAUACGACAGUAGCCCAGGUGGGUUCAGCAAGCCCCGUGAGGGACGCGUCCACGUGCUUCGAGGAUCGAGUGGAAAAAUUGCCAAGAUCAAGAAUCCCUUCGCACGAAGGUGUUGGGAAUUUAAAAAAUAAAUAAACGACCACGAAGACGACAGGGAAAAACAAUCACAGCAGCGCACAAGAGACGAAGCAAACGGGUGAGAGAGAGAUCGAGGGGAAGGACGGAAGAGUCCUUGGUUGGUUGUCCUGCACCUCUCUGGAAGUGCAGUAGGCGGCGGACGAGUUGACAAAGGAGAAAGAGAAGGAGGAGUAGGCGGAGAAGGAGGCAGAAGAAGGUGUGAAAACUAACAGUACCUGCUGUGAGUGAGGCCGUGAGCCGUGUGUGUAGAGAUUAGAAGGAGGCGAUCGACGACGAAGAAUACGGGUGCAACCGCAGAGCGCAGCGCAAAGGGGGAAGAAGAACUAGCAAGAGCAGCACCAAGAGCGCUCUCGGGAAGAGGCGACGGCGGAGGAGAGCUGCGAACGAGUGUGUAGACAUACCAAAAGGAAGCAGUAUCCUAGCCGAGCGGUGCAUUUCAGUUUCGACCGCCGACGAGCGACGAAGCAGAACAUUCCGCGCAACCAGCCCAAGUCGAGAGCUCAGCUGAGUGAGUAGCCGACAAUUGCAGAGAGUGCGAAUAAGUCAGUCGCGUGUUCAACCCGUAUUAGAGCAGGUCAUGAAUUGACUCUGGUGUGAGGAUUACUCAUCUAUAUUUAUUAAACGCAUCAUAUUAGGAGCCCUCAUCGUGGGCCAACCGUCCCGGAAUCGCUCAUUUGUGCCGCACACGCGGGAAUUUAGAGUUGUUCAGUGCAGCUUGUCGUUUCGCUUUUUGCCGCCGGGUCGCACACCGUAAAUCGUAGUAAGCCAGUCAGUCAGUGUGUUGAGAGAGUGUUCUGCGGCCUUUCGAGAUUCCUCGACAGUGUGAAUCGCGUAUAAAUUUAAAUUUUUCCCACGACUACUUGAUUCAAUUUUUGCAACGACUUGUGCCCUAGGUCUCAGUGAGCGACGACGAUCUGAAGAAAGCAAAAAAAAAGUCGCUGCAGACGGGGAAAAGAAGAAAAGUGCAAUCGGCCUGCUCCGAUAUAAAUAUCUACAUGGUGGAGAAAAUGAAGAAAAUGGAAGAACCAAAGUGUCUGCCAAGUGCCUAAUUAGUGUUGCCUUUCGAUGAUAAAAAGUGCUUGAAGAGUUGCAUCAGCAGCAGCAAGUGAGAACCCCCCUAAUACUUAGGAUACAGAAAGUGGCUUAGGCUUAGUGUUUCAAACCGUUCGUAAUACAGUAAAGAAAAGUGUGGCCUUCACUAACCCAACGGAAUGGCCAACCUCCUGAGGAAGAUAAUGUCCUCGACGAUACUACUAGUGGUGACGGCGGCCUUGCUGGUGAUUUUGCUGAUCGCCCCGUCGGAGGCCCGCCGCCACUCGCCGCUCCUCGUGGAAGACGAAGGAGCCCGUCGGAAUCGACCAGCCGAAUGUCUAUUCGGCAAAACGCUACGUGAACUCGGAUCCACAUGGUUCGCCGACUUGGGUCCCCCAUUCGGCGUCAUGUACUGCAUCAAAUGUGAAUGUAUACCGGUGCAGAAAAAGCGACGAAUCGUGGCACGCGUUCAGUGCCGGAACAUCAAGAACGAGUGCCCGAAGCCGACCUGCGACGAGCCGAUCCUGCUGCCCGGAAGAUGCUGCAAAACCUGUCCGGGGGACGCACACAGUCCUGACAUCGUCCAAGAUCUUCCACAAGCAGUGAUGCCCGAAGAAGAGGAGCGCAGCAAACAUUUCGCCGCCCUCCUAACCGGUCGCACCUCGUCCAUCCUGAAACGGGACGACAUGAAGUCCGUGUACUCGACGAUCAACCCGCUGAACUUCGUCGCCACCGGGAGAUUCGCGUUCCACAAGAAGAAUCUCUACUACAGUUUCUACAUCUCGGAGAAGGCCCCACGCCCGCGCACGAUCCAAUUCGUCGACCAUCAGGGCAACAUCCUGGAGGAACACCCGCUGGUCAUCCCGGCCGAGGGUCCCUUCAGCGUCUACCAGAACGCAACCGGUAAGAUCUGUGGCGUGUGGCGUCGGGUACCCCGUGACUACAGGCGUCUCCUGCGUGACGACAUGAUGAACGUCGUACUGCUCUGGGGCGGCAAACAUCAAGCUGAACUGGCGAUCGCUGGUCCGAUCGGCAAGUAUCCAGCCCUACCUCAGGAGCUGUUCAGCUCUCUGCUAGAACCAGCUCCCGGAACCAAUCCGGAGCAGAUGAACGGCGCAGGUGGCACGGCAAUCGUAUCCACCAAGAGCGGCGUCACCUCGUCCAUCUACUUAACCAUCGUACUGAAUGGCGUAUUCUCUCCGGACGAUAUUGCCGACGUUCCCCUAAACAUCCGCCUGGAGAUGCAGAACAAAGAUCAAAUCGUCCUGGAAGAUACUCAACGCGUCAGGAAGCCGGCCCACGACAUCAACAUCAUUGAAGUGUCGUCCCCGCUGUCCGUAAACGACCUCCGCCUGUUAACUCGCGGUAAGCUCACGGUAGUCGUCGAAUCCAAGCGCAAACCCGAAGCCUUACGUAUCCAAGGAGUCAUCCAAACGCGCGUAGCCUGCGAAGUGUUCCAAACCUUGCUGGCGUCCCACAAUCCAGACUCGCGAACCGAUACGAGCGGCCUCGCUUGGAUGUACCUCAACAAGGAAGGCUCCUUGGUCUACAACGUUCAAACUCACAAUCUCCACAUGAAUCACAACCCAGUGGUCACGUUGAUCGACGACAGCGCCAAGCGCAAGGCCGACCUCGAGACGCUUAACAUCGACUCCAGUCACAUCACCAACAUCGUCGACCGCAUGGGUCCACGUGUGCUGGAACCGCUGUACUCCGGCGACCUCGCGAUAAACGUCGCCAAUGACCAGAACCCCAACCUGAUCCACGGCAAAUUCGUUACCCGACCGGUUGCAGACGCUCGCGACUCCAGCGCACCAGUCCUGCUGAAGCGCAUGGGCAACUCCGCCGUACCGCUGCACUCCGUCGGUAUGGCUUGGAUGGCCGUCGAUAACGAAUGCAACCUACACUACGAAGUGACACUGACCGGCGUCCCCAGCUCGUACCACCCGGUUCAGCUCUACCUCGAUGAACUCCCCAUCGAAGCCCCGAACGCUCCGAUCAGCCAAACCUCCCUGGAAGAAUUCACCGGCAACUACCUCGAAGGGUUCAUCCUGGCGCUGCCGUCGGCCGAGCUGGCCAAGCUGGAAACCAGUGUCAUCUAUCUGGAAAUCUUCUCGAAAUCGAAAAACGAAACCAUCCUGAAGGCGAAAGUCAAGUCGAUCAAGGUGCCGAACCACUGCACCGGCCACCAGUACCACGACAACGACGUCCAGAACAACUCGUUCGCCCCGAUGGCCCCCAACGACAACACCGUCCCGACGGUGGAAACGAAAUGCUACCACUCGUCCCGCUUCUACGACGAAGGGGACAUUUGGCACAGCGCCCUCGAGAGCUGCACCAUGUGCUCGUGCGUACAGAAGCGCGUCAAGUGCGAACCGAUCCGCUGCCCGCCGCUCAAGUGCCGCAAGGAGGACAUCGUCCAGAAGCGCGGCGACUGCUGCCCGACCUGCGCAGGAUCGAAGUACUCGGACGACACCCGGGUGGCGAUGCCGCGCGGGUGCAAGCUCGGCGACCAGUUCCACGACGCCGGUUCCACCUGGCAUCCGUACCUGCCGCCGAACGGGUACGACACCUGCACCGUUUGCACCUGCGACCUGGCCACGCUGGAGAUCACCUGCCCGCGGACGCAGUGCCCGCCGCUGAGCUGCAGCGAGAAGGUGGCCUACCGCCCGGACAAGAAGGCCUGCUGCAAGGUGUGCCCUCAGAUCAUUGAACGCACCAAACCAGUUCGCUCGGGCAACCCGGACGAGAUGGGCGACCAGGGCAGCAGCAGCGGAACGCUCCGAUCUCCCCAGGCGAUUCUGGAGAACGGCGGCUGCAAGUACAAUGGGAACGUGUACGAGAACGGACAGGACUUCCAUCCGAUCCUGGCGUCGCACGGCGAGCAGAAGUGCGUCAAGUGCACGUGCAAGGACAGCAAAAUCAACUGCGAACGGAAGCGAUGCGCGCGCGCGUUGUGCAACCGUCCGAAAAAGGAGAAAAACGCCGCCAUCGACGAGUGCUGUCAGUGUCAGAAGGCGGUCCGGCAUCAGCACGGCCGGAGACGUCAAAAUCAACAGCAACAGCACAACAACAAACAGCAGCAGGCGGCCAUAUCUGUAAAGAGUUGAAUUGAUUAAGUUUCUAUUUCUGUGUAACGAUCUAGUAGGCGAGCGCGUGUGCGUUUUUUUUAAUCGCGGGAUGAAAGUGGUUCGUUGUAUUAUUUUCGGAAUAUUUUUUGUUUGAUUCUUUUGUUUUUAGUUUUUUUACGUGGUAUGUGACUAGAAUUUUGACAUUUUUCAUCAAAGUGAAUGAACGGUGUUUAGGUUUCUGUGUGAAUGAGUUUAGUUUGAUAGCGAACCAAUCAGUGAUACAAAGAGGAGAUUUGGCCUGCCAAAUAGGAAGUGCGUUGGGAGUGUUUGUAUUUAUUAAGGUUAUUGAAAAAAAACUUUUUUUCGAACAGUAUCAGUUAACUGGAGUGUACGCUGUUAAGUGUACAAUUCUUAUUUUUGGAAUACAUCUUAGGAAAAUCGAAUUUGAACAAAACUUAUGUCAUCCUACUAGAAAUUACAAUGCAGGGUAAAUCGGAUGGAAGAUUUGAGAGGAGAAGAGCGAGAGGGCGGAAUUACGAAAUAAUUGGAAAUUUCUUAUUUUAAAGAAAUUAUCCAGUUGGAAAACAUUUUGUAUCAGAGAUCACUAUUUAUAUUUUUCUACAAAUAGGCAUAGUUUUCUAAAUUGUAGGUAUAGUAGAACGUAAGGGAAAACCAAUAUUUAUUUAAAGGAAAAGUUACUGGUCAGCAACUACAGCAGUAAAUCAUUAUAGGUCAUUCGCAUUUAAACAAAUGGAAACACACACUAAGGAAUAAGUGCAUAGAGGAGAGUGAAGCUUGGAAAGUUGUAAAUGCUUGUUGGAACUGUAUAAACACCUAUAAACGCUAGUUUUUUUGAGAUUAUUUUUAACACUGAUAUGAUUGAUAGCAAGAAACAUCUGGGCCCAUAACCAUCGAUAACACCCAACUUGAAUCCUCUAUCAAUUUAAGCAAUUUGAAAACGCAGAACAAUACUUGACAUGAGUAUUUUCCUCUAGAACGAAACAGGGAACCGAAGUUCGGUCGAUUUCCAAGGGUUUCCCUCGUUUGAAAUUUCAUUGUUUCUAGAAAGACAUUCUAGUCACGUGUCCUAGAGCUACAUCCUGCAGUUAAGAAGAUAAAAUGUAUCAUUUAGAAGCAUGGAAAUCGAUUGAGGAGGGUUAAACCGGGAAAAGCAGAGUCAUCCUAUGCAGAGAGAAUGCGAAAUCACGAUCGACGGAUUGCGAGGGACAGAAUGGAAGAAAUCCAAAUUACAAUUAGAAACUUAAUCAAUUCACUGAAGGGAAAACCACAUUACGCGAUUGCUUUUUAUAUAAUUAUUCACACCUACUUCUGCUAAGCAAAACAGACAAAACUUAGGUCGACAAGAAAAAGCAAAACAAUUCUUGAACUGUUUUUUUCCUGUUACCACGUACCAAAGAAGACUGAUAUAUUAAAUCUUGAAAGUUAAAGAGAGAAAAACGAUGAAAUAAAUUUGCUGAUGUAAAAAAAAACUACUGAAACCGAACCAUCUUUUGACGCUGAGAAACCGAGAAAACAGAAAACUGUCGAAACACACACAAUACAUACACACUCACAAACAUUUCGUCAUAUUUUCGUCUUCAGAAACGUCACAACCCAUACAAAAACCAUUACGUUCGGAAAAACUUUCCAGUCAAGACAUAUUUCGGAACCGUCAUCCAACCAAGAAACAGUAUUUCCACGCUGCUUCAGACCGAAUUUUUACUCAAUGAACGCAGCGCAACAGUUCUAAUCAGAACCAUACACAUUAACCCAUACAAUCAUCGAGAAGCAAAAAAUAAAAAAAAACGCUUUGAUUUCAUCACACACAUACACCUUCACGCUUAAUAUAUCGUGUAACCGCUAUAAACGGAAAACAAUCAUUUGAAAAAUCCCAGCGGAGAGACUAUGGAGCAUAGUCACAUGCAAAGCAUAAAAUGCUUCCGUUGCGGGAGCGAACGACACCGAAAGAGAGAGAGAGAAAGAGAAAAAACAAUCAGCGAAACAGAAAUCCAAGCAUGCCAUAAUAAGUUUUUUAAUGUUGAUAAAUGAAUAAAUUAUUGUAAAACAAACAACACGCUACACGAUAAGUAGGUACACAAAUACACACGUAACUUUAUGAGAAGGGAAGAAACCGAGAUGAAAUCCAAAACCGAAAUGUUCGGAAAAACAAUACGGCGCAACAUGGCGACCGUGUCAUUUCUAUUUGAGCUAGGAUUGAAAUGAAUUUUGAACAAACAAUGUAUUACUCCCUAGAUUUUGUUUUUUGAGAGAACUCGAUGCGUGCAGCCGCAAAAGCCCUGCGCAAACAUUCUAAGAGGUAGGUUGCUUACACGACUACGUGCCAAAUGGCUUUAUACCGAGAAAAAGAGAGAGAGAAGAUGAAUUAGAUAGGAGUGUCUCGAGCGUGCGUGCAUUGCGUCACCUACGGCCUACUCUACGGAAGGUGUUCGCAUGCGCGCCCGUCCGAUUUAGGAAGCAGCGAAGCAAAAGCAAAAAUAAGCGAUUUUAUAUUAUAUCCACCAAAACAAAAUCGAAACCAAUUUAGGAUCAACAGUUGUAACAGCAUCAAAUAAAGAACGGAUAUACAGCAAAA